AUGCGUUCCACAACCACUUACCUGACUUGCUUGGCUUUGUUAGCGAAGGCCGUGUCUGCGGUUCCUGUAUGGGGACAAUGUGGAGGCAUCGGAUGGACUGGAUCAACGGUUUGCGACACAGGAUCCACUUGCACAAGAGUAAACGAUUAUUACUACCAAUGCCUUCCCGGUAGCGCCGGAACCACUACGGCACCAUCACAAACUUCCACCAGUUCAACAACCCAGCCGACCGGAGGUGCCAAUAUUCCGCGUGGUGUCUUGACCAAGAUCACUAACUUUGGAAGCAACCCUACCAAUGUAGAGAACUUUGUUUAUGUUCCUACAACACUCAAGUCUAAGCCGGGUCUCCUUGCUGCAAUUCAUUAUUGUACAGGUACCGCUCAAGCAUACUACUCUGGCACCCAGUACAAGCAACUGGCUGACCAGUAUGGCUUCAUCGUCCUAUACCCCGAUGCUCCCGACAGUGGAGGAUGCUGGGACGUUCAUAGCACCGCCACACUCACCCAUGAUGCUGGCGGCGACUCUCUCGGAAUCGCCAGUGCGCUUCGAUACCUCAUUUCCCAAUACGGCGUCGACACCAGCAAGGUCUUCGCAACCGGAACAUCGUCAGGAGCAAUGAUGACCAACGUGCUGGCGGGUGCUUACCCCGACCUGAUCCGUGCUGGUGCAGCAUUCGCAGGUGUUCCAUACGGCUGCUUCGCUGGCUCUGGCAUGUGGAACAGCCAGUGCUCUUCUGGCCAACUGAUCAAAACCGCUCAACAGUGGGGAGACCAAGCUCGCUCCGGUUACCCUGGCUACACCGGGGCCCGACCCAAGAUGCAGCUCUGGCAUGGAUCCGUCGACACGACUCUUAACACCCAGAACUUCUAUGAGGAGAUCAAGCAGUGGACCAAUGUGUUCGGUGUCAGCCAGACCCCAACUGCUACCACUCAAAACUGGCCACUUCCCAACUGGACCAAGACCGAAUAUGGCCCUAAUGUUCAGGCGAUCAUUGCCAGCGGUGUUGACCACAACAUUCCAGUGCAGGCGACGCAGGUUAUUCAGUGGAUGGGGUUGGACAAGUAA